AUGAGUGAUGUCACACUUGAAUUAAUGGAAUUUCAAAAUAGACCAAGUGGAAUUCGUGAAUAUUUUGAUAAAAUUACAUGGGAAGAUAAUGAACAUGAUUUGGUUUUAGAAUUCUUUGAGUCAAUUCAUAAUAGCCUUUCAGCAAACAUGGAUAAAAACAUAAAGGAAGAUGCCUUUGUUCACAAGACAUUGGAUUCUGAAAAAGAAGUUGACCCAUCACUAAAAGGCAGAAUACCAGAUUUUUCUGUUGGCUAUUCUUACAAAAAUAGAAAAGUUGAUUUAUUAGUUAUGGAAGUCAAACCGCCAAGCAAGGAUUCCUCUGAUUUAGUUAAAUUGGGAAAUGAACUAAAAGAUAUUAUUGAUAAAUCUGCUGAAAAUGGAAUUUGUUAUAAUGAUCUAUGUCUAGGUGGAUUGUUAGUGGAAGGCAGUUUAUCGUAUGAAACAUGUCGGGAAAUUUUUUUUGCUCACAAUUAUUAUAAUCUUGAUACAGCUCCUACAACAAUUGAGCUUACGAUGCAAUCAAAGCUUAUUUUUACACAAUCAGCUAAGAUAACACAUAAGAAGUUGUCAGAUAAGGAUGAAGACUCUUUUAUUUUAAGAAUGAAUAUGACAAGACAAUCAUUCCACACACCAAUGAAAAUACCAAACAAUGUUCAAGAAAUAAAUCUUCAAAGGGUCCUAAAAUAUAAUACUACUAAUAAUGAUUAG